GGAAAAACCAUUUCUACCCUAUUUUAAUUUAAUAAUUGAUACGAAUUCCACUAAGAUAAAAUUCCGGAUCUGUGGUAACAGAUACUGGUACUGGUGGCUAUUUGUAUAAGUGUACUACCAGUAUAAUAAUGAAAGUGUUGUUGAAAGUAAAGGGAAAUGGGCAUGACAUUUCUUACUUUCUAUUCGCAGGCACACUUGGAAACAGUUUAUUUUCAGAUCCACAGCUGAUUAGUUGACGAAUGUAAGUGUACGAACACAAGUACAAGCUUUAGCAUUUGUUUUAUUAGCGAUUUGCAUUUAAGAAUUCGGAUAGAUCCAUGUGGUAAGCUGAAACUUGUUUGCUGAGCCACAUUUCUAUACAAGUGUCUGUACUCGUUUCAAUAUAUGUAAGUAUAUAAGCGACUUACAGUCAAGCUUCUCAAGCUUAGAAAAUAUUAAAUUAUUAUAACAUGUCUUCAAGUAAGUAAUUUCAUUACUUUAAAUAAUCCCGAAACUAAGACUAUUUACUCAUUUACCGACUAAUCUAAUCAGAGGAAUUUAAUAAAAUCAAUAUUUUCAUUUUUUGUGAUUAAUGGUUCUUCUUGGUUAACUCUUUUUAAACCAAGGUCCACUCUAAAGCCUACAUGUUGCGGAGCUGUAUGUGUAGAUUUACAGUCGCGAUCGUACGUAUUUCAAUUAUUUUGAGUGUGAGCAGCCCAGACGAGGGUUUACAACUUAAUGAGAAUUUGAUCAAGAGAACGUUAAAACACAAUCAGCUGCAGUCGAACAGGGCACUUUCAAUUGAAUCGUCGGCGAUAGAGGUUCGGAUUUCGUUAACCCAAAAAUAGUCAGUUAUUUAGUGGCCAAUUUAGACCUGACAAACGGACACUUUCGGUAAGAGAUAUGGCUGCCCCAGUGGAUCAGACAGUGGCUGUUAAUCAGAUUCGCGAUGGCCUCAUGGACGACUGGAAUAUCCUGGAAAACGUCUUCAAACUGCUCCAGAAAGAGGAUACCUUCUGUGUAAACCCCGAGAGUUGGGGCAAGCAAAAGAUAGUUCCGUUUUUGCAGCCAGACAAACUGAAGGAACUGAUUAAUCUGAAAAUCCGGGAGACGGAGAAGUGCACACUCGUUGAAAUCGAGGAGCUGUGUCAGCAGGUGAUCCAUUACUCCGUGAAAACAUCGCACGGGCGCUUCCAUAAUCAGCUCUUCGGGCAACUCGACCCUUUUGGAUUGGCAGGGGCUCUGAUCACAGAGGCCAUGAACGGCAGCACUUACACCUACGAAGUUGCACCUGUCUUCAGUUUGAUUGAAACUGAAAUAAUUUCAACCAUAUGCAAACUAGCAGGAUACAAGGAUGGCGAUGGAAUUUUUGCUCCUGGCGGUUCCACCUCCAAUAUGUACGGAUUGGUUUUGGCCCGCUAUAAGUUCGCACCCGAGGUGAAGACCUCCGGAAUGUUUGGGAUGAGACCCCUGGUACUGUUCACUUCUGAUGAAUCGCACUAUAGCUUCGUGAAAGCGGCCAACUGGUUAGGAUUGGGCAGCGAUAAUUGUGUGUCGGUAAAAACAAAUGACAGAGGUCAGAUGCUUCUGGAUGACCUUGAGGCGAAGAUCACAGAAGCAAAGGCUCGGGGUGGGCAACCGUUCUUUGUCAAUUGCACCGCAGGUACAACUGUAUUAGGUGCUUUCGAUGACAUAAAUGCAGCAGCGGAUGUGGCAGAGCGACAUGGUCUGUGGCUGCAUGUGGACGCUUGUUUGGGAGGGGCAUCACUGUUGUCCUCCAAAAAUAGACCUCUUUUAUCUGGCUUGGAGCGGGCCAACUCCUUUGCCUGGAAUCCACAUAAAACCCUUGGGGCUCCUCUGCAGUGCUCGCUUUUCAUAACCCGGGAAUCGGGACGCCUUUUGGAAAGAUGCAACAGCACCGAAGCACACUAUUUGUUUCAACAGGAUAAGUUUUACGAUGUCUCCUACGACACGGGCAACAAAAGUGUCCAGUGCGGCCGAAAGAUCGACGCGUUUAAGUUUUGGUUGAUGUUGAAGGCCCGUGGGUAUGGAAAGUACGGACUCCUGGUCGACCAUGCCAUCGAUAUGUCUAGAUUGUUAGAGGAUAAGCUACGACAGCGGGGAGAUCGCUUCAGGUUGGUGCUCCAGAAGCACCAGUACUCCAAUGUCUGUUUUUGGUACAUACCAAAGUCAAUGAGGGUUUCCAGCAAGGAUGAAACGGCAGAAUGGUGGGAUCGUCUUUAUACUGUGGCUCCCAAGAUUAAGGAGCAGAUGGCCUACAGUGGCACUUUGAUGGUUGGUUACUCUCCCCUCAAAGCCCUAAAUCUAGGAAACUUCUUCCGAAUGGUCCUAACUUGUUUUCCCAUCCUGGAAAGCAAAGAGUUGGACUUUAUCUUAGAUGAAAUUGAGAGGUUGGGAGAGAAAAUUGUCGUGUAAUAUAAAAUAUUAGUUUAAAAGAUGUAAAUGUACUAUAACUUAGCUAAUAAAAGCAAAACAUUUUUAUUAAAA